GGGCUGCGUAUCGCGCCCCUCACUCGCUCGCCUCUCGCUCGCUCGCCGGCCGCCGGGCGGGCGCCGGAGACCCCGCGGGGGCUGAGGCUUGGCAAGCGGGCGGUGAGGGCCCGGCUGCGGCCUCCUCGCCAUGUCCUCGGCCCGUGACAUCAGCGCCCACUUCCCGUUGCACCUCCUAGUCUGGAACAACGAUUAUCGGCAGCUGGAGAAGGAGCUGCGGGGCCAGAAUGUGGAGGCUGUGGAUCCACGAGGUCGAACCUUACUGCAUCUUGCUGUUUCUUUGGGACAUUUAGAAUCAGCUAGAGUCUUGCUCCGACAUAAAGCAGAUGUUACCAAAGAAAAUCGCGAGGGAUGGACAGUUUUACACGAGGCUGUGAGCACUGGGGACCCCGAGAUGGUGCACACGGUCCUUCAGCACCGAGACUUCCACCACACGUCUACAGCCCUCGAGGCAGUUCCUGAGCUGCUCCAAAAGAUUCUGGAGACUCCGGAUUUUUAUGUGCAGAUGAAAUGGGAAUUCACCAGCUGGGUGCCCUUGGUUUCUAGAAUAUGCCCAAAUGAUGUCUGCCGCAUUUGGAAAAGCGGUGCCAAACUGCGUGUCGAUAUCACGUUGCUGGGAUUUGAGAACAUGAGCUGGAUAAGAGGGAGGCGUAGCUUCAUAUUUAAGGGAGAAGACAACUGGGCGGAAUUGAUGGAGGUCAACCAUGAUGACAAAGUGGUCACCACUGAACACUUUGAUCUUUCCCAGGAAAUGGAGCGCCUCACUCUGGACUUGAUGAAGCCAACAAGCAGGGAAGUUGAGAGGCGGCUCACAAGCCCCGUCAUUAACACCAGCCUCGAUACUAAAAAUAUUGCUUUUGAAAGAACUAAAUCCGGAUUCUGGGGCUGGAGGACAGAUAAAGCAGAAGUUGUUAAUGGUUACGAAGCAAAGGUUUACUCAGUAAAUAAUGUGAGUGUGAUAACCAAAAUACGGACAGAACAUCUGACCGAGGAAGAAAAAAAGAGAUACAAAGCGGACAGGAACCCACUGGAAUCUUUGUUGGGAACUGUGGAACACCAGUUCGGUGCUCAAGGGGACCUCACCACAGAAUGUGCCACUGCGAACAACCCUACAGCCAUCACGCCUGACGAGUACUUCGACGAAGAGUUUGAUCUGAGAGACAGGGACAUCGGAAGGCCGAAAGAGCUGACGAUUAGAACACAAAAGUUCAAAGCAACGCUGUGGAUGUGUGAGGAAUUUCCUCUCUCUCUCGUGGAGCAGGUCAUUCCCAUCAUUGACCUGAUGGCCAGAACUAGCGCUCAUUUUGCAAGACUGAGAGAUUUCAUCAAAUUGGAAUUCCCACCUGGAUUUCCUGUCAAAAUAGAAAUUCCCUUGUUUCAUGUCUUAAAUGCACGGAUUACAUUUGGAAAUGUCAAUGGCUGUAGCACUGCUGAAGAAACUGUACCUCAAAACGUGGAUGGGACCAAGGCUAAUUCAGCGUCCCCGGACACAGACUUUGAGGUUGACCAAUCUGUGUUUGAAAUUCCUGAAUCUUACCAUGUUCAAGACAAUGGCAAAAACAUGCAUUUGCAGGAUGAAGAUUAUGACAUCAUGCAGUUUGCCAUCCAGCAGAGCUUGCUGGAGUCUAGCAGGAGUCAGGACCUUUCAGGACCAGCUUCGAAUGGGGGGAUCAGCCAGACACACGUCUAUGAUGCCCAAUAUGAGAGAGCCAUCCAGGAAAGCCUCCUCACCAGCUCGGAAGGCCUGUGCCCUGGUGCCUCAAGUGAGACAAGCCAUUUCGAUAGCGACCUGCAACUGGCCAUGGAGCUGUCUGCCAAAGAGCUGGAGGAGCGGGAGCUCCGGCUCCGGGAGGAGGAGGCGGAGCUCCAGCAAGUCUUACAGCUGUCUCUCACUGACAAGUAGAGCUUUCUGCCCAGGGGCUGCGCAGAGCAGAGGCUCGGGGCUGCAGCGGUGCUAGGAUACCAGGACCCUGAGGCUAAGGCACUGCACCUCCCACGUGCGCAGCAGAUGGCAGCUGCCCCCUUCUUUACAGAGGUGCAGGACCAGGUGCUCCCUGGUCCGCCCGCGACACUCCCUGGUGAAGGGGCUGGGGGUGGGCAGGCCACAUCUCCAGGCUAAGGGGAGGAGAGCCCUGUCACUUUCCAUGAGCUAUAUUGGCUUGCAGGUCACAUUUUUUCUACCAGCUUUAGACAAAAACCCUAAUCCCCGCAGGUUUGUAUGUUCAUUUUUACCAAGAAGUGGUAACAAAACAAGUUAUUGCAGAGUCAGGGUGCUUUUAUAUCUGAGAGCAGCAGCCUUUGUAGAGUGUGGUUUAUGAAAAUUUAUGGUACUUCUUUACAGUUCUCCAAAGAAACAGAUAAUCUGUGCCGAUCUGCUCUUUUGUUUUUACCUUUAUACAGGGUUUCUAGGACACCAUCACUGCUCCUCCUCCAUCUCCACCUUAUUCCAUUCCUUCCAUCCCCAGCUAAUGUUAAAGAGGGGAGGUGUAUACAGGAUCUAUUUUAGAUUACAGUUAACUAUUUGCAUCAAAUUAAGAUAUACUAGUGAC